AUGGAUAACAAGGAAGAAUCAAGCAACAGUGCGGUCAGCGUUCUCACCUGGGAGCAGGUGAACCGUCUGAAUGAAGUUCUGACUGAGGUCGUGCCUGUUCAUGGACGAGGGAACUUUCCCACCCUGGAGGUGCAGUUGAGUGACAUUGUGGUGCGAGUGCGCGCCUGUCUGGAGCUGAGCGGCAUCACGGUGAAGGACAUCCGGCUGAACGGGUCCACAGCCAGCCACGUUCUGGUGCAGGACAUCGGCUGGAGCUACAAGGACCUGGACGUCAUCUUCCGGGUGGACCUGCCCCACGAGUCGGAGUUCAGGGUGGUUAAGGACGUCGUCCUGGGGAUCCUGCUGGACUUUCUGCCCGAGGGCGUGAACAAAGAGAAAAUCACCCCCAUGACUCUCAAAGAGGCCUACGUCCAGAAGCUGGUCAAGGUGAACACGGAGCAGGACCGCUGGAGCCUGAUCUCCCUCUCCAACAACAACGGCCGCAACGUGGAGCUGAAGUUCGUGGACUCCAUCCGUCGGCAGUUCGAGUUCAGCGUGGACUCCUUCCAGAUCGUGCUGGACUCCGUGCUCUCCCACUACGAGCAGGCCAAGGCGCCCAUGUCCCGGGACCUCCACCCCACGGUGGUGGGGGAGAGCGUGUUCGGGGACUUCCACGCCGCGCUCGGCCACCUGCGCAACAAGCUCAUCGCCACCAAGCGGCCCGAGGAGAUCCGGGGCGGCGGCCUGCUCAAGUACUGCAACCUGCUGGUGCGGGACUUCCGGCCGGCCAGUCAGGAGGAGUUCAAGGCCCUGGAGAGGUACAUGUGCUCCCGCUUCUUCAUCGACUUCCCCGACAUCGGCGAGCAGCAGCGCAAGGUGGAGGCCUACCUCCAGAGCCACUUCGUGGGCGAGGAGAAGAGCAAGUACGACUACCUCCAGAUCCUGCGCAAAGUGGUGAACGAGAGCACGGUGUGCCUGAUGGGCCACGAGCGGCGGCAGACGCUCCACCUGCUGUCGCUGAUGGCGCUGCGCGUUCUGGCCGAGCAGAGCGCCAUCCCCGACGCCUCCUGCGUCACCUGCUACUACCAGCCCGCGCCAUACGUCCGGGACCAGAACUUCAGCAACUACUACGUGGCCAACCAGAACAUUCCCACAUGGCUGCCAUGUAACUGA